AUGGAUGAGCAAGACUCGGCUGGACCUAAAGCAGGAAGAGGCCAUGCCACUGAAGAUGGGAGCACUGAGGGAUUCUGGGAAAACGCUAUGCGGAAGAUCCUAUGUGAGGAGGACACCCUCCGCUCAGAUGCUCAGAGCCAGCAGUUCAAGCAGUUCUACCAGGCGGCCAAAGGACCCCGAGAGGUUUGCAGCCGACUCUACCACCUUGUCUGUCAGUGGCUGAAGCCAGAAAGGAACACGAAAGCUGAGAUGCUGGACAUGGUGAUCUUGGAGCAGUUCCUGGCUGUACUUCCACCUGAGAUAGAGAGCUGGGUGAGGGAAUGUGGAGCGGAGACCAGUUCCCAGGCAGUGGCUCUCACUGAAGGUUUCCUCCUGAGUCAGGCAGAGGAGAGGAAGCAGGCAGAGCAGCAGGUGAGAGAGACUUUCCUCUGGAAACUCCCAAGGGGCUCCAAACCAGAGCAAGAGUAUCCCAAAAUGUGGUACUAAUGUCCCAUCCCUUUAUGGAUCGGAUCCAAGGAAUGAGAUCUGCUACCCCUAAAGUGUUUGCCUCUACCAUUGCUUUUCUAAUCCCCCUUCCCAUUUUGUUUUGAAUCUUUGUUGCUCUUUCAGGUUCAGGAUCUCUUGACAGAAAUGGGUCCUGAUUCCUCUGAGGCAGAGAGGACUCUGAUGGACACCAGAGAGAGACCACUAGGUAAGGAGCGAGUUAUUUCUCUCCUUGGUCACAUCCUGGGGAUUUGGAAAUUAAUCUGUCAGUUCCUUCCGUCUUUUGUGGGGAGGCAGUUGGGGCCAAGAGCCCAAAGGAGGUGGGAUAUAUUUUUACAUAACUAAAAGACGAAAGGUGUACGGAUGUCAAAAGGCACUCAAUAGGGUAGACUUCUUCAAAGGUACACCUGUAAUUAGAGAUACACUCCUGAACAUCGGAGAAAAGCAGGCAUUCAUGGCUUCCCACUUCUCUUUGUCUCUGGAAGGUGACAGGAUGAUGCCCACAAGACCUCCUCAUAUGUCUUUUCAUGAGCCUGAAGGGGAAGCAGCAGCCAUGGAAGCAGAUCAGGUAGGGGGCAGGAGACAUGUAGGGAGAGAGGCUGAGGGGUGGGGCUGGCAGGGUGACUCCCUCUACCUCCUGGCUCCUGUCAACGGUGCCCUGAAGAAAAUGAGGAAAUGCCAUUCAAGAUGGUUUAUGUGCUGAGAAUAUGGAACAUCCACCUCAUCCUUAUCGCCUUCUCAAUGUCGCCAAUAUUAUUUAUCAGCAGUUGCUGUUUCGUUUCUAUAUUUACAUUGAAGACUAAAUAGGUUUCUAAGCAGUUGACAAACCAUAAAAAUGGGCCAGGAUUUAUCUGACUAACCCCAUCACCCUUAUUUGUUUAGGAUUUGGUAUGCUUUGAGGAUGUCGCUGUUCAUUUCACGGACAAGGAGUUGGCGUUGCUGGAUCCUGACCAGAAAGCUCUGCAUGAGGAGGUCAUGGAGGAGAAUCAUGGACUCCUGGAUUCUCUGGGUAAGGCUCUCUGAGGAUCAUCAUAUCUGUUUUGAAAUUCCAUCUCUCUCUCCUUGCGAUGAAUCUCCAAGGUUUGGCUGGAACUCAGUAGCGCUACCUACACCACCUGGAAAUCUAACGCCCCCAGAAAUCACUUGGAAUGAAGGGCGAUUGGCGGUGUUGUCUGUGAAUAUCCAUCAGAGUGGGUAGGGAGGUUGAAGUAGCUUCUGCCAGAUUUGUGUUUUUGCUUCUGUUGAUUUUGGUUGACUAAAGAGAUAACUGACAAUGGAUACAGAGCAGAUUCCGUGAUUGGGCCAAACAAAAUUAAUUGAAUCUCAGGUUCCCAUAAAUAUAUCAGCUAAUACCAGCCAACAAAGGCAGUGAACUCCAUAGUAAAAAUUCCCAUCUAAUUCCCUUCAGUUAUUCCUCUUUCACAGUUGUUCAUUAGCAAUGUUGAAGAAUGAACAGUUGUGAACGGUUGUUCUUCCUGAGGCUCUAAUUACCAUAUUUUUCACACCAUAGGACGCACCGGACAAUAGGACUCACCUUGUUUUAGAGGGGGGAGAACAAGAAAAAAAAAUUCUCCCCCUCUCUGCCCAGCGCCUCUUCAGCGAAGCGGCAGGAGGCGCUGCGCAGAGAGGGGAAGAAUUUUCCCCCUCUUGUUUUCCCCAUCUAAAACAAGGUGCCGUUUAGGGUGCGUUCAGUCGCCUUCAGGCGGCUACCUUGGAAGCCUGGAGAGAGAGGGGGGUUGGUGCGCACUGACCCCUCUCGCUCUCCAGGCUUCAGGUUCCUUUCAACCUGCUCUUUGGGGCUGGCGGGGGGAAGCCCACCGCCAGUCCCAAAGAGCAGGUCGAGGAGCAGCGGAAAGGCGCGCAGCGGAGAGGCUGCUGCCAUAGUCGCACGUCACCUCUCCAGCUGGGAGAGGGUCGCGGGGCUAUGGCUUCUUUAGCCCCGCACGCGCUCUCCCAGCUGGAGAGGUGGCGCGCGGCUAAAGAGGCUCUUGUCAUAGCCAUGCGUCGCCUCUCCAGCUGGGAGAGGGUUGUGGGGGGCUUCUUUAGCCCCGUGUGCGCUCUCCCGGCUAGAGAGGUGGCACGCGGCUAAAGAGGCUCCUGCCAUAGCCGCGCAUCACCUCUCCAGCCGGGAAAGGGUAAGCGGGGCUAUGGCGUCUUCGCUCCAUAGGACACACACACAUUUCCCCUUCAUUUUUGAAGGGGAAAAAGUGCGUCCUAUAGAGCGAAAAAUACGGUUGUUUCUCUCUCUAUAUAUAAAUAAGUGUUACAGUACCACUUAAAAUCUAUAUAAUAACGUAUAGAAGUGAAAUUGAUUUUAUUUGAUCUGUUAUACUGUAUUUUUCCAACAUUCUUUUCCUCUUUCAAAAAUUAUUCUUCCACACUUUUCUCUUUUUAUUCAUUCCUCUUAUCAUAUUAUAUUUUCAUGAAUGUAAAACAUUUGAAUAAAAUGUUAAUGUUUAAAAAUUAUUGUUUUUUACAUUCCAGGGGGUGAUGAAUUGGAAAUUAGUAACAAGGGGGACCAGGACAGAAUCCACACAGUGAAGAAGCCAUAUAAAUACUUGGAGAGUAAAGAGAACUUUAGUCAGAGUUCCCAGUCCACUUCUCAUCAAAGAAAUCCCAUUGGAAAGAAAUCGUACCAGUGCUUGGAAUGUGGAAAGAGCUUCAAUCAGAGCACCCAUCUCACUUCUCAUCAAAGAAUUCAUACUGGGGAGAAACCCUACCAGUGCAAGGAAUGUGGAAAAAGCUUCAGAUGGAAGAUCAGUUUCAUUUCUCAUCAGAGAAUUCAUACAGGGGUGAAUCCAUAUCAGUGCUUGGAAUGUGGAAAAAGCUUCAGUCAGAGCACACAUCUCACUUCCCAUAAAAGAAUUCAUACUGGGGAGAAGCCCUACCAGUGCAAGGAAUGUGGAAAGAGCUUCAAGUGGAAGGUCAGUUUCAUUUCUCAUCAGAGAAUUCAUACAGGGGAGAAUCCAUAUCAGUGCUUGGAAUGUGGAAAAAGCUUCAGUCAGAGCACACAUCUCACUUCCCAUCAAAGAAUUCAUACUGGGGAGAAACCCUAUCAGUGCCAAGAAUGUGGAAAGAGCUUCAGUCAGAGCGCCUCUCUCACUUCCCAUCAGAGAACUCAUACUGGAGAGAAACCCUAUCAGUGCUUAGAAUGUGGAAAGAGCUUCACCUGGAAGAACAAUCUCACUUCCCACCAAAGAAUUCAUACAGGGGAGAAACCCUAUCAGUGCUUUGAAUGUGGAAAGAGCUUCAGCCACAGCCACAGUCUCACUUCCCAUCAAAGAAUUCAUACAGGCGAGAAACCCUAUCAGUGCUUGGAAUGUGGAAAGAGCUUCAGUAAGAAUGCCCAUCUCACUUCCCAUCAAAGAAGUCAUACAGGGGAGAAACCUUAUCAGUGCUUUGAAUGUGGAAAGAGCUUUAGUCACAAAAACAGUCUGACAUCCCAUCAAAGAAGUCAUACAGGGGAAAAACCCUAUAAGUGCUUUGAAUGUGGAAAAACUUUCAGAAAGAGCUCAGAUCUCACUUCCCAUCAAAUAAUUCAUACUGGAGAGAAACCCUAUCAGUGCUUGGAAUGUGGAAAGAGCUUCAGUCAGAAGUGUGGUCUCAUUUUUCAUAAAAGAAUUCAUACAGGGGAGACACCCUAUCAGUGCUUGGAAUGUGGAAAGAGCUUCAGUCACAACGGCUCUCUCACUUCCCAUCAAAGAAUUCAUACAGGGGAGAAGCCUUAUCAGUGCUUGGAAUGUGGAAAGAGCUUCAGCCAGAGUAGCCAUCUGACAUCCCAUCAAAGAUUUCAUACAGGGGAGAAACCCUAUCAAUGUUUGGAAUGUGGAAAGAGCUUCCGUCACAGCUACAAUGUCACUUCUCAUCAAAGAAUUCAUACAGGGGAGAAACCAUAUCAAUGUUUGGAAUGUGGAAAGAGCUUCACUCAGAAGAGUAGUCUCACUUCUCAUCAAAGAAUACAUAAAGGCGAGAAACCAUAUCAGUGCUUGGAAUGUGGAUAUAACUUCAGUAGUAGCAGCAAUCUUACUUCCCAUCAAAGAAUUCAUACAGGGGAGAAACCCUAUCAGUGUCAGGAAUGUGGAAGGAGCUUCAGUCACAAUUCCUCUCUCACUUCCCAUCAGAGAAUUCAUAGUGGAGAGAAACCCUUUCAGUGCUUCGAAUGUGGAAAGUGCUUCAGCCACAGCUACAAACUCACUUCCCAUCAAAUAAUUCAUACAGGGGAGAAACCAUUUAAAUGUCAAGAGUGUGGAAAGAGAUUCACACAGAGCACAGGUCUCACAUCCCAUCAAAAGAUUCAUAUGGUGCAGAAACCAUAUCAUUGCUUGGAAUGUAGAAAGUGGUUCAGUCGGAAGGAUAGUCUCAUUUCCCAUCAAAGAAUUCAUACAGGGGAGAAACCCUAUCAUUGCUUGGAAUGUGGAAAGAGCUUCCGUCACAACUCCACUCUCUCUUCCCAUCAAAGAACUCACUCUGGGGAGAAAGCAUAG